CACCUGCCCACACCCUGGGCCCUGCCCGGGCCAGUGGCAUGCAGGCGCUGGCUGCCCUGUGCCUCCAUGUCCCGGGCUGGCCCUCCCAAGCCAAAUCCGUCCCAAAGACCACUCAUGAGGAGAAUGAGUUUACUGGGAACUUUCCACAGCGCCGGGCUUCCAGGCAGAGGAGGGCAGCCGUUGUCCCCAUGUGAGGCUGAAGUCCCUUCCUCAGUCAGGAGGGGCUCCUGGCCCCCACUGUCUGCCCGUCCCGGGGCAGAUGGAUGGAGCGGCCUCCUAACUCAAACCCUGACCGUCCUGACCCCACCCACCUCAGUCCGGCUUCAGGCUGCGCGUGGGCAGGUGGUUUGGACGUCCUCCCUGUCUCUGCCCACAGAGCUCCCUGCCUGGGGGGAGGCUGGCGGGCUCCGGGCACUCACAAGGGGAGCCUGGGACCCAUGGGACAACCCUACUCUGCGCCUGUUGCCCCUCCUGACAAACCCCAGGCCCACGACUCGGUUGUGGCCAGUGAAGGAGAAUCGGCCAAGGGAGAGGGCUGGCCUCCCUCCCUUCUGCAGUCUGAGGGGUGCUACUGGCCAUUCGGCUGGUGAACCUGGAAGUAGCUUCCUCUGGGAUGGGACCCAGGUUCCCUGGACAGGGGACCCAGGGAGCAAGUCGGGCCUCGACCAGGCAGGGACAGGCAGCCAAGCGACUGGUGCAGGUCAGGAAAGGCUGCGACGUGUCUCGCCCUCCCCCGCAGGCGCCGUGAACAAGUACCAGGUCAACGGCCUGCAGGCCUGGCUCAUAACGCAUCUCCUCUGGUUUGCCAACUCUCACCUCCUGUCCUGGUUCUCCCCCACCAUCAUCUUUGACAACUGGAUACCGCUGCUCUGGUGCGCCAACUUCCUGGGCUACACUGUCUCCACGUUCGCCAUGAUCAAGGGCUACUUCUUCCCCACUAAUGCCGAGGACUGCAAGUUCACGGGCAACUUCUUCUACAACUACAUGAUGGGCAUCGAGUUCAACCCCCGCCUCGGGAAGUGGUUUGACUUCAAGCUGUUCUUCAACGGACGCCCGGGGAUUGUGGCCUGGACCCUCAUCAACCUGUCCUUUGCAGCUAAGCAGCAGGAACUCUACGGCCAGGUGACCAACUCCAUGGUCCUGGUCAAUGUCCUGCAGGCCAUGUACGUGCUUGACUUCUUCUGGAACGAGACCUGGUACCUGAAGACCAUCGACAUCUGCCACGACCACUUCGGCUGGUACCUGGGCUGGGGCGACUGCGUCUGGCUGCCGUACCUGUACACGCUGCAGGGCCUGUACCUGGUCUACCACCCCGUGCAGCUGUCCACCCACCACGCCGUGGCUGUCCUGCUGCUGGGCUUGCUGGGCUACUACAUUUUCCGGAUGGCCAACCAUCAGAAGGACCUGUUCCGCCGGACGGAUGGACGCUGCCUCAUCUGGGGCCGGAAGCCCAAGGCCAUCGAGUGCGUGUACACGUCGGCAGAUGGGCAGAAGCACCGCAGCAAGCUGCUGGUGUCAGGUUUCUGGGGCGUGGCCCGCCACUUCAACUACACGGGCGACCUGAUGGGCAGCCUGGCCUACUGCCUGGCCUGUGGCGGCGGCCACCUGCUGCCCUACUUCUACAUCAUCUACAUGACCAUCCUGCUCACCCACCGCUGCCUCCGGGACGAGCACCGCUGUGCCAGCAAGUACGGCCGCGACUGGCAGCGCUACACCGCCGCUGUGCCCUACCGCCUGCUGCCCGGGGUCUUCUAGGGCCCAGGAGCUCCGGGGCCGUGACGAGCGCUGAGCCCGGCUGGUGGGGCUGGCGUCCCAGCCCUCUCCGGGAGCCCAGCACCCUCACCUGGAGACACAGCGCCCGGCAUUGUGCCAGGGGGUUCUGGGUUCACCGCUGCCUCCUGCCAGCAGGCCGCUGGCGCCCUCUGGUCUGCCCCCAGGGCAGGAGGGACGGCCCUUUGUAACUGUUCACGUGGGAGCCCAGGCUGCCGCUCUGCCCAGAGGAACCCGCAGCUGAAGCCCUUCAGGCCAUCUUGUCCCCGAGGCGAGGACGGCUCUGACGCCUGCGAGAGAAAAGUGGGACCAGGAGCUGCACGCAUCAGGCUGCCCACACCCACCUCACGUCCACUCUGUGGCCAUGGGCAGGCCCUGGGGACAGCCCUCCUUCGCCGCCUGCACACUGGUAACUGAUCAGCUGAAGGCACCUGCACACUGGUAACUGGUCAGCGGAGGGCCCGAGGGACGCCGCAGAGCCAGGGCGUCUGGUUGGUUUCCUUUUGCUCCUGCUGCACAGCCGCCAGGGGUGUGGCAUGGUGUGUGCAGGACCAGCCAGCCCAGCUAUGGCCUUUCUGAAAUAAGGCCGCGGGCUCCCCGUGCCCGGCUCCGGGGAGGUCACCCACCAGCCUCGGCCACCUGCCUGUGGAACGUGUGUCCAGCUUGCUGCUGACCCUGAGUGGACUCUGGCUCAGAGAGCGCCGUCCCAGGCCUCGCCGUGCCUUCGAGGAGUCCCCGCUCGGGAGGGGCUCCCUCCCAGGGCUUUCCUUACCAGCCCUGUCCCAGACUCAGGGUCUUCUGAAAGCUCUCUUCAGACCUGAUUCCACAGCACAGCUGCUCCUUUUUUAUAUUAAACGUUCCCUGUUCAGAUAA